AUGAUUGCUCCUGAUAAAAACCACCUGGCCACAGAGCCCGUCAACGCCUGGGCUGACGUCCAGACGACCUGUUCCGUUGGUAUGCGUACAAUGGAUGAGAUCGACGCUGCAGCAUCGUUGAUCGAACUCCACGGCGGCUGGAGAAAUGGCACCUUGUCUGGAAUGGAGAAUGACCCGGCGCUGUCGAGGUACAUGCUGGAACGACCGCCCUUGAGCGCCUAUGUACCAUCAAUGCAAAGUGGUCCCACGUCACUGAGCUCGCGUCCUCGUCUCAGCCACCCCAUUGAUGUUGCCAGCACGUGCAAAAAAUUCAGUGAGACGUACGAUGUCGAAGGAGAUCCAGCCAAGCUGAUGAACGCUGCCAAUGAUACCCCUGAUCUUCCGAAUCUGCCAAAAUAUGUUGAGGAACCUCCAAGUCCUCCCACUGUUGGCCAUUACAGUCAAAUUCAACAAGCGUCAUUGAAGCCGGCACCACCUAAACAGGCACCACCUGAACCGGCACCAUCUGCGCCGGCAUCGUCUGCGCCGGCAUCGUCUGCGCCGGCAUCGUCUGCGCCAGCACCAUCUGCGCCAGCACCAGUUGCGCCCACAAACUCCAAGAGAAAGAAUAGGUCAAGAAAGAAGAACAAGCAAAAGACUAUUCUUGAGCCCAGUGAAGAUAACCAAGCCCAGACAAGUGAUGAACCGUCCUCUACCUUAGGGGGCACUAAGACAAUUGUUGGCAACUCUCGGAUUUCACAACAGGCCGUCGCUGAAGCCAAGACCGCUUUGGGCUGCAAUGUGGGCACGAAAGAAGACAGUACUGCCGAAAAAAGCGAUGGCGAUGGACAUCUCCCCUCCACGAAUUCAUGCGCUGUGGCCUUCGGCGAGGAAAUGACCAUGAAGAACUCUCAUGUCCUAUCUCUUCAACAACCCGCAGAUGCUACGGGCGGCAAGAGUGCGCAUGCCAAGAACAGUCCCGCAGAGCCACAAAUUACAGAUAGUUCAAAAAGUUCCGAGGAUAUCAAGGAUGCUACUGCUUCAAAAAUUCCCAUCGAAGUCGAUGAUUCUGGAGUAUCGAGCUGUCCGAACCAGGAAGCUGAAGAGUUGGUUUCUGGACAUCAGGCUUUUGAUAAUGCGGAUGAUCCGGCCAAUGACCACACCAAAAAUCGUUCUUCUGCAGGAAGCUCUGCCAUACCCAAGGACGUUACCUCGGUGGUUUCCGAAACGCCAAUCUCAGGUGCUGACGGCAAAACCCCUCCGAGACAAAUUGCAUCGCCCGGGGCUCAUGAUCAACGCGGUCUGGUCAAUGACCAGGCAACUCUUGCAGACGACCUGGAAGGUUACCAGCUAGUAAAGAACAAAACAAAAUUGAAGAGGGAAAAGCAAGCUAAGCACAAGGAGAAGCCCCAAGCUCAAAGGAAUCUGCCAGAGGACAACUUCGGAAAGAAUCCGACCAGCACACGAGAUAAAGCGGGCAGCUUCACUAUCAAGUCAGCCCGUCAGGGCCGGGCUCUUAGUGGCCAGGGCUCUCGCUAUUCUCAGAAAAACCAGGCCGCCAUUGCUGGUACUCCCCUACUCAAUGGUACCCGUCACCAUGUCGAGGCUUUGCCUGGCCAGGCCAAAUCUGAACCUGGCGCUGCGGAUACCAGCAGCAGUGGUGUCAAGGACGAGACUCGUAGGGUUACUGGUGGUGACCAAAAUGACAAAGAUCACGUUACAAAAGGCAUCAAACCUACUUACAGUGCGGUUACUUCUCACGGUACUCCGCUUGACAAGAGUCAGCGGAAAGUCCCUCCAAGUCAAGGGCAAAAGUUUCUGCUGAAGAAGCCAGAAAAAGUCCAAGAGAAAGGGGAGAUGCAGGCAGAUGAUACCGAAUCUUCGGCCAGGGUGACCCACAUCACAUCAUUGUCGUCCUCGACCGGGGAGCUCUUAGACACGUCUUUCAGCCCGUCGCCGCUCUCAAAGGCCGAGACCAGUAUUAUUACAGAGGUCCAACAACUGGGUCCUCUGCAUGUACACGACAAACAGGCUCUAACCGAGACUACGCCUAGUAUCAAACCCGGGCCGGACAACGCACACGAAGAUGCUGUCUGCGAUGCUAGUCAGACUCGAGAGAUCGAGACUGGCCGUGAUUGUGAUAUCAACAGUCGUGUCCAGGAGCCGCUGAAUGACAUUGGAAAGGUGCAAGAGCCGACUCCCCUUCAUGAUCAGAAGCCAGAGACUGUUCUUGAUGCGCCGCCUCUCCAUCCCUUAACUGAAGUGGAUCAAGCAAUAUUGGUCAAGGCUGAUAGUGGUCAGAAAGCCAAAGAAUCGGCCAUUCUUGAUCAAAUUACGCCUCAACCCAACGACCCAGAGUCAAAAGACCACUACGAGCUGUCUCUCUAUCAAACUCUCGGCCGAGAACGACCGUUGGCCGACCAAGAUCAGCUUCUUGCCUAG